AUGCUGCUGGGCGCGAAGGUGGUACCCCGCGACAAGGCUGUGCUGAAGCCAGGAAGCGGCGACGGCUCGGGAUCCGACGGCUCCGCCGGGAAGGCGCGCUCCAGGCGUGGCAGCAAGAGGAGGGACAAGGAGGAGAAGCGGAGGCGGAGGAGCCGGCGCAGGUCGGACAGCUCGGAGGAGGAGGGGUCGGACGACUCGGUCGACGAGGAGGAGGAGAAGGAGCUGAGCCGGAGCAAGCGCCGGAGGAAGCAGCGCCGCAGGGGGCGCCGCGACUUCUCCGACGAGGAUGACUCCAGCGCCGAAUCUGAUAAAGGGAGAGGUAGUGGCAAGGGGAAGCGAGGAGGCGCUGCAAGUGACGAUGAUGAUGAUGAGGAUGAAGAGGAGGAGAUCGGAGGUGACGGGAUGAGAGCAAGUGAGGUUGUCAGGAAGGAGAUGGGGCUUGAAUGGAUGCUUAAAUCGGCAAGCAGCAGUCAGCCGGAGGGCAGCCGUGCUCAGAGGGCUGAGAACGAGGAGGACAAGUUUGAGGCUACACAUGAAGAGGUGAAGAAACCUAACCCGAAAGAAAUGAAUCCCUAUUUGAGGGACAAUGGCAGUGGCUAUCCCGAUGAAGCCACCGCUGCAAAUGCAGCCAGUCAGUUGCUUGCGUCCUCCGUUGUCGGUGACGGAGGUGCUAGCUGGCGGCUUAAGGCUUUGAAACGUGCAAAAGAGCAAGCAGCUCGUGAAGGUAGAAAGAUUGAGGAGGUAGUUGAAGAGAGAUGGGGUUCAUUGGGUCACUUAGCCGCAUCAGUCUCAACGUCCAGAGUUGCCCCUUCUUAUGCCCACUUGCAGGCCAUUAGGGGUAGAAAAGCUGGACAAGGAGACUACUCUGAGAAAUCCUCCAAAGUAGAUCGGAAGGAGGACCAGCGAGGCGAAGAGAGUGGUGGUGGUCGCCAAUAUUUGCAAGGCGUCUCCUCCCGGGAUCAUGCAAUGAGAAAACCCAGGCCUGAUUCUGUACCUUGGAAGAAAAACAGACAGAAUAUAUCCUCUGAGGAUCAAACGCUCAUCUCGUCAGCACUAGCAAGCAUCAACAAAUUUUCUAACGAUGGGAGCUUUAUGGAUAAAAUCAGUAACCAUGGUAGUAAAAAUACAAAUGUUUCAAAUGUCGAGAAGAGGGAUAGUGAUCAGAAAGCCCACCAGGAGAGUUCAAAGAUAUCAUCUUCAGUGAGCACACAAAAGCAGCAGGAGAGUUCAAAGAUAUCAUCUUCAGUGAGCACACAAAAGCAGGAGAGUUCAAAGAUAUCAUCUUCAGGUAGCACUCAAAAGCUAAAUGCAAACCAGUUAGCUGCGAAGGUUCUGCAGCUCCGAAUGAAAGGCAAGCACGAAGAAGCUGACCAACUUUCGAGAGAGAUGGAGACUGUGCUGGAAAACCAGAGUGCUUCUGUUGAAGAGCCUAGGCAUGUAAAGGAAAAUAGCUCAACCAGGCAUACAAUAAAGCCCAGUGCAGCUGAUCGCAGGAAAAGAGAAGAGGAUGCUGACCUGCAUCUUGCAAAUAAAAUUAUGCACAACAAACUGUACACCAUGAGUAAAAGUGUAGAGGAUGAAUAUGAAUAUGGUGAUGCUCCCACUAAGAAAGGCAAAAGGACCAGAGAGGCACAUCAGGAGAAUAGGGGCACUCAGAGACAUAUUUUGACUCAGAAAGAGCGCUGUUUGUAUUGCUUUGAGAACCCAUCCAGGCCAAAGCAUCUGGUUAUUGCUAUAGGGAACUUCACUUACUUGAUGCUGCCACAGUUUGAGCCUCUUGUUCCUGGGCACUGUGUCAUUCUUCCAUUGCAGCACGAGUCUUCAACAAGAACAGUUGAUAAAAAUGUCUGGGAGGAGAUUCGCAACUUCAAGAAGUGCCUCCUGAAGAUGUUUGCGCAGCAGGACAAGGAUGUGGUUUUCAUGGAGACUGUCAUAAACUUGGUCAAACAACAGAGGCAUUGCAUGAUUGAAUGCAUCCCUGUCCCAUGCGAAGUUUCAAACAAAGCGCCCAUGUACUUCAAGAAGGCAAUUGAUGAAGUUGAAGAGGAAUGGUCCCAGCACGAGAUGAAGAAGCUCAUUCCAACGAGCGGUAACCUGCGGCAGGUCAUCCCGGAGAACUUCGCCUACUUCCACGUGGAGUUUGGCCUGGACCGUGGGUUUGUCCACGUGAUCGACGACGAGAGCAAGUUUGGUGCUGGUUUCGGGCUGAAUGUACUCAGAGGGGUGCUCCGGUUGCCGGGGGAGGACAUGCACCGUCGCCGGAGGCACGAGUCCAUGGAUAACCAGAAGCAAGCUGUUGCCGGCUUCAUGAAAGGCUGGGAGCCCUUCGACUGGACGAAGCAGCUCGAGUAGAAGAUGUAAAUACAAUCUCAGGAACACUUUUCUUUGGAAGACUCACGCAGUUUGCACCGAUAGUUUUGUAGGGAAGAGAUUGUACUUGCUGUUGUCAUGUAUCUGUGUUUUUAAAUGCUUUUUUGGUUGAAAUUAACAUUUGUCAGGGUAUAGCUGUGAGCUUUAUUACUAGUUCAAAUGUAUUUUGAAGCGACGACAUUAGAGGCAGCCCAGAGUGCCAUCAUUGACCAAACUAAAUGAAAUAAAAAGAGGUUUAAUUUCUUA